AUGAAUGUGUUUCCUGCAGGGGAAAGAGCAAAAGACAUCAAAGACCUCAACCUUUCUGUGGAUGAUCUUCCUGUCCAACGAAGCCUUGGAAUCAAGUGGAACAUUACAUCUGAUACCUUCACUUUCGAUGUGCCUGAGAGUCAAAAGCCAUUUACACGUCGAGGAGUGCUGUCAGUAGUGAACAGUCUCUACGAUCCAUUGGGUUUUAUGGCACCAGUCACCAUUAAGGGCAGAUUGCUUCUCAGGGAGUUUUCAACUCAAGAGUGGGAUACAUCUCUUCCAGAGGCCAAGUAUGAUGAAUGGGAAAGAUGGCAUAAAUCAUUGUCAGCACUGAAGGAGGUACAGAUCCCACGCACAUAUGUAUCUUUCUCCACUUCCAUGGCGCAUAACACAGAAUUAUGCGUCUUUUCUGAUGCUUCAGUAAAAGCAAUAUCUGGAGUGGCUUACUUGAAGGUCACAAAUGAGCAUGGUCAUAGUGAAGUUGGCUUCGUCUUUGGGAAGUCCAAGCUUGCUCCUCAGUCUGCCUUGACAGUCCCCAGAUUAGAGUUGUGUGCAGCUGUGCUGGCUGUCGAGAUUGCAGAUCUCGUAAUCAGGGAGAUUGAUCUGAAAGUGAAUGCACCAACAAGUUCCAAAAUCACCACUGAAGAUGACACGACAUACAACCUUGUAGAUCCAGAUUCUGAUGUUGAGAUCUAUUCCAAGGUAACAACCCUCACCACACAAAUUGAAGGACACAAGCUGGAUUCAAAGAGAUUUGAACGUUUUUCUAAGUGGAGGUCACUCACCAAAGCUGUGGCCCGCCUCUUGCACAUCUUACAAUGCUUCUCACACCCAUCAAGCAGUCGCACAUGUGUUGGUUGGCACAUGUGCAAGGAUGGCUUGUCAGUUGCUGACAUCACCAAAGCAGAGCAUGUCAUUAUAAAAUGUGUGCAACAAGAAUGCUUUUCAGAAGAGUUGAAAUGCAUCAAGUCAAACUGUGCUCUUCCAAAAACCAGUCCUCUCUAUAAACUUCAUCCUGUCAUUGACAGUGAAGACCUGCUAAGAAUAGGUGGACGCAUUGACCGAGCUCAAGUUGAAAGAUGGGAAGCUCAUCCUCUUAUCAUCCCAAGCCGCCACCAUAUAGCAACUCUGCUUGUCCGCCACCAUCAUGAAUGUGUGAAACAUCAGGGUAGGCACUUCACUGAAGGUGCAAUUCGUGCUAGCGGUCUGUGGAUAGUCGGAGGAAAACGUCUCAUCAGUAGCUGCAUCCACAGGUGUGUCACGUGUCGAAAGCUGCGAGGAAGAAUGGCACAACAACAAAUGUCUGAUCUACCUGCCGAACGCCUGCAAGUAGACCCCCCAUUUUCCUAUGUAGGACUUGAUGUCUUCGGGCCUUGGGAAGUCCUUACACGUCGUACCAGGGGUGGUCAAGCCAGGGACAAAAGGUGGGCAGUUUUAUUUACAUGUAUGUCCACACGUGCCAUUCAUAUUGAGGUAAUCGAAACCAUGACUUCCUCAAGUUUCAUAAAUGCACUCAGGAGAUUUUUCUCCAUCAGAGGCCCUGCUAAACAACUUCGAUCGGAUUGUGGGACCAAUUUUAUUGGAGCAUUCAAGGAACUACAAAUGGAUUCACAGCGUCCCUGUCCCCAUAGUGUUGAAGACUACCUCAGUCAACAAAGAUGCACGUGGGUUUUUAACCCACCUCACUCCUCCCACAUGGGUGGCACAUGGGAGCGCAUGAUUGGCGUUGCGCGACGAAUUCUGGGCUCCAUGCUCCUCAAGGUUGGACCUUCGAAGCUCUCUCAUGAAGUCCUUACCACCUUUAUGGCAGAAGUCUGUGCCAUUGUAAAUGCAAGACCACUAGUGCCUGUAUCCACUGACCCAGAAUCCCCCUUCAUUUUAACCCCUGCUAUGUUGCUGACACAGAAAACCAGCACAUCCCUUCCUCCUGCUACUGAGUUCACAAAAGGAGAUUUGCUCAAAAACCAGUGGAAAAGAGUGCAAGCCUUAGCAGAAACUUUCUGGGCUAGGUGGCGACGUGAAUAUUUGAGCACUCUUCAGACUCGACAGAAGUGGCAGUCGCUAAAACCCAAUCUCAAAGCAGGAGAUGUUGUUCUGAUGAAGGACUGUCAGGCAAAAAGGAAUCAGUGGCCGAUGGGGAUUAUUGUGAAAGCCAUACCCAGCAAAGACGGGCUGGUAAGAAAGGUGGAAGUCAAAGUGACGAGGAAUAAAUCGGUCAAGAUAUUCUCCAGACCCAUUGCGGAGGUGGUCCUGCUUUUAACAGAAGAGGCAGGAAACUCCUACAAGACUCCCUCUUACAGUUUUUCUCAAUUGGGCACCAAUAGAAACCUCUACAACUCCAUAGAAGUCUGA